GUCUGCUUCCUGCAUGUGACAACUUUCAACUCCUUCCAAGAUUUCCUUGAAGUAACGUUAGUUAGUUUGGGAGAAGAGGAACGAGAAAGUUUGUUUUUCAGAAUUCAGCUUCGAGAGCUAUCAAAUCCGGAAAUAUCUCUGUUGUAAUUUACAUUGCAACUAGUGUGUGCACUAUGGCCGAAAAAGGUGGUGCACAAUGGAUGCCUUUGCCUCAGGCGGAUUCGAGUUGUCCGAAAGGUUUGGAAUAUUUGACCCAAGUGGAUCAACUCCUCGUCAAACAAAAAGUAGAGCUUCUCGAGGCCCUCACCGGCUUUGAAACCGCCAAUAAAUACGUUGUGGCGAAUACUUUGGGACAGCAAGUGUACUUUGCCGCAGAGAAGUCCGGCUGCUGUGAAAGGCAGUGUUGUACCCUUUCCAGGGCAUUUGAAAUUCACAUUAUAGACAACGCGAACCAAACGGUGAUGGUAUUCAAGCGGCCCCGUCACUUCUGCACAAACUCAUGCAUGGGCUGUACUUCCAGUCGCGUGACAGUAGAAGCACCGCCGGGCAAUGUGAUCGGUUAUGUGCAAACCAAUACCUUCUGCUGCAAGCCAACCUACACCAUAGAAGCACCUGACUUGAGUCCAGUCCUCAAGAUAACCAGUCCAUGUUGUGGAUGUGGAUGCUCGUGUUCUCCGAAGUUUGCGGUGCAGACACUUACUGGCGAAGAGAUUGGUUGUGUCCAGAAGAAAUUUUCGGGUGUUGUCAAGGAGGCAUUCACUGACGCAGACAAUUUCAACAUCACUUUCCCCAUGGACCUUGACGUCAAGGUCAAGGCAUCGCUUCUGGCUUCACUGUUUCUUAUUGACAUGCUGCACUUUGAGCAGAGCGGCAGUGGCGCCGGAGAUACUGGAGAGGUUGCUGCAGCAGAGGGCCUCUGCUGCCUGCUGACUCUUCUGUGCAACUAAAGCUCAAGUCCAGGUAUUGUCUCCCCGUGCAAAACACGCUUUCCUGGGGCGUGUGUGUCACGGGUUCAGUUUUGUUCAUUAUAACUAUGAUCUCAUUGUCUUCAUGCUGCUUGUUGUGCUUCUGCUGCUGCUUUCCCUUGGUGUCCUGGCUUUCUUGAAGCCAACAAUCUGUCGCUACUAUGGUGUUUUUGUUGCUGCUGUUAUGGUCGAUUCUUCCGGCCCAAUUAACUUACAAUCUCGUCAAACUCUUCCGAUCUUCUCAUGAUUUUAGGAUAUUCUCUUUUGCUAUUCAUUCAUUUUUGAGAUAUUUAUAUACGUCCUGCUCCAAUGCCGCUUUUAAAAGUUUCACUCCAACUACAAACUGUGCUUGACAAUCACGCUGUUACAAUAUUUCUUCACGUCGUCCUCUCAUCAUGAUUUUAACUUCUUCGUCCAUACUACAUAAUAAUUAUUGUAAUGUUUUUUGUUUCCCACCUCAACGCAUAUUUCUAACAUUAGGGAGUCUCUAGGUUAUAACUGACAGCAUGGUUAUUCCUGUGGGUUAACGUUUUCAGUUCUGGCCAGUGAUCACUAGUGAACAUCUCCCCUUUGGCUGGGCCUGUGUGCUGCAUGUUGCUUCUUGAUUGCGGUACAUGCACAUCAAGCCGAGCAAGAAUGUGCAGGCUCAGGACGUCAAGGCCAAGACUUGUUCUGCUCACAGUCAGGGUGCAGAGCCCGAGUCUGUGGGACGAAUUUCAGAGGGUGCGGGGACUCACAGAACAUGCCACUACCCGUGCACACAUCCAUACCUGAAUAGAAGCACA